UUUUGCUCAGACCUUCGAUGACUUCCCUUCCAUCGAAAGGGAAUUUAUUGAAAAUCUUUGCAGUGAAGCCUUACUAACAAGUCAACAGAGAGAGUCUGAUCUGUUAGAUGCAGAUAUGCCCCAAGGAUCACCUGACAGCCCUUCACCUAUAGAUUCUAGUAAUGGACUAGGUGUCCUGACCAAACCACAAGGACCUUGCCCUUCACAGUGCAUGAAGGGCCAAAAAGGAGAAAAGGGAGAAAGCAACUCACACGGUGGACUGAGGCUACCAACAGGCAAUGGCUACGAUCUUUUCAAUUUAAAUACCAAAGGUGAAAAGGGAGAACGGGGCCUUCCUGGAACAGAUGGUGUUCCUGGGUUGCCAGGGCGACCAGGCCGCACUGGGCCUCCGGGAUCUGCUGGACUUAGGGGUCCUCCAGGUGUGCCAGGUGAUUCUGGACCACCCGGACAUCCAGGACUAAAAGGUCAAAGAGGAGAAAGGGGUGAACCUGGCUAUGUGCUAGGAGGCGUUGAAGUGAUUCCAGGGAGGAAAGGAGAACCAGGCUCACCAGGUUCUCAGGGAGAUUCUGGAAUACCAGGGGUACCUGGGCCCCCGGGACUUCCAGGACAGCCUGGGCCACAAGGUCCCCCAGGUACAUCUGUCAAGGGGGAGCCAGGAGAAUCAGGUAAUAAAGGCCAGCGUGGAAAGCAGGGAUCAAAAGGAGAUAUAGGUGAUCCAGGGAAAAAUGGUGAAGUUGGUCUCCCUGGGCCGAUUGGGCUUGAUGGGGUUCCUGGAUUUCCAGGGCAAAAAGGUGAAAAGGGCAAUGAAGGAAUUGGAAUUCCGGGAGUUCAAGGUCCAAAAGGGGAGGCAGGUGAAAAGGGAAAUGUGGGUUCUCCUGGUCCUACUGGUCCAAAGGGUGAGAUGGGAAUUCAAGGAAUUCAGGGACCCAUGGGACCAAGGGGGAAAAAGGGCUUGAAAGGGGACAGAGGGGAUAAGGGAGAUCGUGGCGAAAUGGGACCAAUGGGACCGCAAGGAAUUACAGGGCUACCUGGUCCAAUGGGAGCAAAAGGAAAUGAAGGAAUUCGAGGACUUCCAGGAGAUCCAGCAAAAGGGAUAAUCGGGCCUUCUGGGAAAAAAGGUGCUAGGGGUGAUAUUGGGCCUUUAGGUCCACCUGGUCCACAAGGUGAAAAGGGAAAUCAGGGAGACAAGGGAGAAAAGGGCAGUCCAGGGUUUGGCAUACCCGGUCAACAAGGGCCAAAAGGGGAGAAUGGAGAGAGGGGAAAUGUUGGUUUAUCUGGAAAGCCUGGACCAAAGGGCCAGGAUGGUGGGAAAGGAGAUAAAGGAGAACCAGGCCAGCCGGGACAGGCUGGACUACCAGGACUAAGAGGUAAAGAUGGUGAACCAGGACCAAAGGCAGACCCAGGACCCAGGGGUGAUCCAGGGCCUGCAGGGGAGCCAGGGGAGAGAGGAGUAAGGGGCCCGCUUGGCCUUCUGGGACGACCUGGAGAUCCUGGGGAAAAAGGAGAACCUGGGAUUGCAGGAGCACCAGGCGUACAGGGACCUAAAGGAGAGAAAGGAGACACUGGAAAGCCUGGACCACCUGGGCCUUCUUCUUUUAUGCUGUCUGAGAACAGCAUCAUCACCAGAGGUGAAAAGGGUGACAGCGGUGAGCCAGGAUUGCCAGGUGACCCAGGACUACCCGGACCAAGGGGGCCAGAAGGGCGUCCUGGGCCUCCAGGAAAUGGACUGGGAGGGCCAGCAGUUCAAGGCAGGGAUGGGGUUGAUGGCAAGGAUGGUGAACCAGGACCUCCAGGGCCCAAGGGUGAACCAGGAAGGAAGGGAGAUCCUGGCAGUGCUAAAGGAGAGCCCGGUCGCAUGGGCAUAACUGGAAUGCCAGGCCUUCCUGGGACCCCUGGGAAACCUGGUGUUGACGGAAAGCGAGGAGCCACUGGAAAGGACGGAGAACCUGGACUUCCAGGAGAAAAGGGAGGAAAGGGUGAAAGGGGUGAUCCAGGCAGUGCUGGGAAAGAUGGGGCAAAAGGAGAGCCCGGGGCUCCAGGUUUGCCCGGUCCUCCUGUGUUGCUGAACAUCCCUACAGACCUCACACCAGAGGAGGGUGCCUCAAUUGAAAAUGCAAGACAGCCAUUGUUUCCUCUACCUAUGGGUCCUCCUGGAGUUGCUGGAGAGAAAGGAGACAAAGGUAGCAAAGGAGACAAGGGUGAUCCUGGUCCUGCAGGAAAACUAUUUGAAAUGAAGGAAUUAGAAGCACUAUUUGAAUCCUACGGGAUUAAGCUGCCCCUGCUGAAGGCUCUUGUUGACAAGCUGGUGCAGGAGGGCAUAGACGAGGUACUGCCACAGCUUACAAGCUCAAAGAAAAGCAAGGGUGACAAGAAAAGAAUUAACUACAACCACGUUACAGACUACACAAGUUCUUUAAAAUAUGAUCUUUCCAGUAAACCACUGAGUGAAAUGGACUUGACUGAGGAAGGUGUGGACACUGUGACAGAGGAAUUACUCCCAGCUCCCAUCAUACCAGAUACAUUUGAUUUUGAAACCAAGGAAGGAACAGCUUUUGACAGCAAAGUAGUCGUUCGCGGUUCGCUUACUGAUAGCAAUGCAGGAAAUGAACUCAUAGAAGAUAUAAACAAUGGGAAGGAAGAUGAUCAAACUGUGACUACAGGCCACUUUGGUGGCACUUCUCCACCGGAAUAUGUCCUGCAAACGCCUGAAUCAUUAGAAGCACAGUCUUUGGCAGAUAAGAAGAGGUCCCAAACAGCUGUGGAAGAAAUGAGAGAAACUCUAAAAGGUCAAGAGGAAGAUUCCUUAAACAAAGUAUCUGCUGAGAGGAGGAAAAGCAAAGAAAAGGGAAAGGGCAAGGGAAACUCAAGAAGAAAUAAAAGAGACAAAUCAACUAUGGAGGAGGAUGUGUUGCAUGAGGAUAUGGAACUUAAGAAAUCUCAGGAGAACAUCAGAAUAGAGACCCCUCUGCACUCACAAGAGGAUCAGAUAUUCAAUGAAGAACACGGCUCUGCUUUUGAAUCCGAAAAUAUGGCUGACAUAGAGGAGGCAGAGGGACUGAUUAGGGUGAAAAGAGGAGACACGUGGGAGAUGGCUAUGGCAUACUUACCAGGAACCUCAGGAGGAAGGCGCUACCACGGUGGACAAAAAGCACGCUCUGGAGCCAGAGGAAAAAAGAGAUUAAAUAAAAAGAAACAGGAGAACAGAGAUCUGGAGCAGACAGGACUUAACUGUGUGAAGGGUGAUCCAGGUGAAAAUGGAAUCCCUGGAGAAAAGGGGAGCAAAGGGGAACCCGGAGAAAGUGGACAAAAGGGUGAACCAGGGAUUGGAUACAGAGGCCCAGUCGGUCAGGCUGGGCCUCCAGGACAAAAGGGUGAGCCUGGGGCGCCUGGUCCCCCAGGAGCUCAAGGUAUCCAAGGUAUCCGUGGUAAUCCUGGAAUUCCAGGAACUCAGGGCCCGAGAGGCCCCCCAGGCCUACCAGGGCCCCCAGGACCAGAGGGAGAUCGUGGUAAAAGAGGGAAGAAUGGUUUGUCCGGAAGCCCAGGUCUCCAUGGUCCUCCAGGCAAGCAGGGCUUGUCAGGUUUGCCUGGAAGUAAAGGUGACAAGGGUGACACAGUGCCUGGUGAACCAGGAGAAAGAGGAGUUGUGGGGCUCCCAGGACGUAGGGGAGAAAAGGGCAUUGCUGGCAUUCGGGGGCCUGCAGGACCUCUGGGUCCCAAAGGACUACCAGGUGCCAGAGGAGAGAAGGGUGAUCGAGGUUUUCCAGGCUACAAAGGAGAAAGGGGAAGCCCACUAACUUUGAUGGGACCUCAGGGGUAUAAGGGCAACAAAGGAGAUCCAGGUGAGAGAGGCCCUCCUGGCUUUGAUGGAGAUAAAGGAGAAAAGGGAGAAGAUGGGCCUUCAGGCGAAAAGGGCCUCAAAGGGGAACCAGGGACCAAAGGAGCCAUGGGCCCAUUCGGUGCCCGGGGACCAGCCGGACAGAAGGGUGAACCAGGGGAAGCUGGCAUCAAUGGAGAAGUGGGCAGGAAUGGGGAAGAUGGUGUGGAUGGAGCUAAAGGUGCAAAAGGAGAUCGCGGUCUUCAGGGUCAAAAAGGUGACAAGGGUGACCAAGGAGAUCCUGGCCUGCCUGGAGAUACAGGAGAGAAAGGAGAAAAAGGAUUCAGAGGGCUCCCAGGCCGUAUGGGAACUACGGGUACCGAUGGGGAGAAGGGGGACAAAGGGUCCCCAGGAAUCCCCGGAAUGCCAGGAUCUGAUGGACUUCCAGGGCUAAAGGGCAGCAAUGGAGAUGCAGGUUUGGAUGCCUCCCCAGGACUUCCAGGACAGAAAGGGGAAAAGGGGUCCACAGGGUUUCCUGGAUUCCCUGGUUUCAAAGGCUCUGCUUGCCUGCCUGGAAAAGAUGGAGCAACAGGACUCUCUGGGCCACCAGGGGAAAAGGGUGAACCAGGCCCCAAGGGUGAGAGAGGCAGAAGAGGAAGAGGUAAACCUUGCCAACGAGGACCUCCUGGUACCCCCGGAAAAAAUGGAGAAAAUGGUGAGGUGGGCUCAGAGGGAUCUAAAGGGGAAAAGGGGGAUCCUGGACUCACAGUGGAAGACGUUAAAGAGGUCAUCAUAAAAGAGCUGAGUGAAAAAUGUGGCAAAGACUUUCUGUUAGUGGUGAAUUCAGCUGACCCAGAUAAAGACAAUAAUAUAAUCACUGGGGAGGGUCCGGAGGGAGACCUAGCUGGGCUUGAAGAGCUCUCAGAAGAUCUUGAUGAAAACGAUGAAGAGGGUGGGCCCAAAGGACAAGAAAGCACCGUGCAACAGGAGCAGCAGAUGCUAGAAAGCAAUUUCACAAAUUCAGAAAAUGACCGCAUAAUGGAAUCAUCUCAGAGGAGAAAACGACUUGCUCAGAUCCCAUUACAAGAGCACCAGGUUGACCCCUGCAGCAUCCCAAUGACUGAGGGGUCAUGUUCUGAUUAUACACUGCUCUGGUAUUACCACCCAAAGUCUAAUGACUGCAGGCCUUUUGUUUAUGGUGGCUGUGGAGGGAACAGCAAUAGGUUCUCAUCCAAGAAAAGCUGUGAACUGAGGUGUAAGAAGGAAACAAGAGAGCCUGCCAGGUGAAAAAAUGUCACCUGUACACCGUAAAGAGAAAAGAAGAAGAAAUAAUGGAAGUAUCCCUUUUUUUUUAGUAAUGGUGCAUUAUCACAUAUCACAUAACAACAACGCAUUACUGCUAUAAUUAAAUUUUGUAUUUAAUCAGUGCAGCAAAAGCAUAAAAACGACAUCAUUACAAAUUAUUGUCAUGCAAAGUGUAUAAAGGCAACUAAAAUAAUACGUUUCCUGUUAAUCGUGUCAUUAAUCAAGUAAAUUGUGCAAGAUAUCAUAAGAGGUUUAGUGAAAAGAAUGUUAUUUCUCUAGCACUGUUAGUACUAUUUGUACAAAAAAACUAAACUUAUUUUUAGUUUUGAUAUAAAAAGGCCAAAAUAAAAAUAUA